UUUACAUUCACAAGAAGGUUUUUCAUCUGUUUAGUUGUGUUGAUUGUUUGAUUGUCUACAUUUACUUUUGGUUUCAUUUGAUUUUCAAAAUGUUUACUAAAAAGUCCAAAUCAAUUGACUCUAAUCAAAUCAAUGAGAAAAUAAAGAAACAUUUUCUUGUUUCAAUGCCUGAAGAUUUUUUCAAAUUCUGGUCUUUCUGUUCAUCAUUAAAUCCACUUAAUCCAAAAGCUUCAUUGAAUGAAGUUGAUAUUCUGUUAGUUGGUCCAUUUGAUAUAAUUGAUGGAAAAUUAAACGAUGAAACUCUGGACCAAACUGAUCCGAAUGUCCUUCUUUGUUAUUAUCGUUUCUUUUAUGAUGUUCCCGAGCUUCAGACUGUUCUUCGUGACCCAAAGUCUAAUUUCCAUAUUGGUUAUUUCAGAGAUUCGCCCUCUGAAAUGCCUUCAAUGGUUGUUUCUAAUGAUCCAGACAAAUCAUGUCUCAUUAAUCCUCUUGGUGAUAACCUUUUCUCAGGCCUAUUGGCUCAUUGUGAGGAUUUGGCCAGAAGAAAAAGUGACAAGAAGAUCGUAACCGAAAAGCUCAUUGGUAAAAUCAAAAGUUUCGCUGAAAAAAACAAUAUUAGUCUAACUAACGAUGAGAUGAAAAGAAGAAAGAAAAAAAUUGUCACCAAAAGCUUUCAUGGAGCUGGAAUUGUUGUUCCAUUUGAAAAAGAUGUUGGUUAUCGACCUUUACCUGAAUCUGAUCAAAAUCUUAGAAAAUUACUCAAAAAGCUGAUUGAUUUGCCGGAAGAGGAUCGACAAAGAAGCAAAUCCUAUGAAUCAUUGAAAGAAAUUGUCAAUCUAACCAAUUUAGCCAAUGACGAAUGUGACUUUGGAAUGACUUUGGAGUUAGGAAUUGAUCUUUUCUGUUUUGGUCAUGAAUUUUUCAAUCGAUUGAUAAUCUUCUUACUUGGUACUGCAUAUGAGCUUUUGGAUAGACAAGAGUUUGGGACAAUAAUUGAAGCUCAUAUUGGAAAUCGUAAAAAUGAGAAAUUGAUGAAAUUCAACCUAAGAAAUAAUCUCACAAGUUCAACAUCAUCUUAAUUGUCAAACUGAUUUUAAAGGAUCACAGAAAAGUUUAUUAAUCAAUUCACUUCAUUCACUACAUUUAAAUUGUCUCUUUAAACGUCACUAAAUGUAUUCAACCAAAGAUGCAUUUUUUUUUUAAAUAUCUUUCAAUUAAAUUGAAACAAUUAAUACAAUUGUAA